CAUUUCAUAAAGUAUGGUCGAUUAUUAGUGCAGGCUACCCAUCUUCAAUAAACUACUUUUUUAAAUUGAAAGUGUGAAGAAGCGGAAAAGAUUCAUUCUUCUUUCUUGCGGAAGAAAAAGGAAGAAGAGAAGAGAAGAGUAGGAGAAUCUGUUCUGGGUUUUCUCCUCUUCGCCUAGCUCGAAGACCCUUUCGUUGAAUCUUCUUAAUUGAGGGUUUCGAAGGAUGAUGGUAGCUAAAAGCUUCGAUCUUUGGCAAAAGGAUGUCUUUUUCUCCGCCGCCGAGGAGGUUCAACAAUCUGCCGAUACGAUGGAAUCUGCAUAUAGGCUUUGGGUUAAAGAGAAGAGAGAAAGUGGUCGAGUCUCUGUAGAAUCAGACCACCUCUGCAAUGAACUUCAAGCAGCUUUGAGCACAGCUAAAUGGCAGCUGGAAGAGUUUGAGAGGGCAGUGAGGUUGAGCCAUGGGCGUUGUCGAGACGACACCACGUUGACUAGGCACAAACAGUUUGUCUCCGCUAUCGAAAACCAGAUUCAUCGAGUGCAGUCUGCUUUGAGUGAGAACGGGGAACAGCCUUUGCGUUGGGUGGAUCUUAACAAAGAGGAGCGUGAUGACCUUGCCAUGUUUCUGUCUGGAUCUUCUCAGACGUCUGAGAGUUUCAGCAGUGAAAGCAUCAACUUGAGUAGAUGUUACGGUGAGAGGACUCCCGACUGUGUGAUAGACAUUGACGACGAGAGAGGUAGCCCUGAAAGUGCUGGUAAUAGAAACGGUGCAAGAAGAACAUGGAGUUCACCUGAUAUUAGCGCGUUGAGGAUUAAUGUUCCUCUUGAAGAAGAGGAGAAUAAGAGAUAUGUGUCAGACAUCGAAGCUACUCCUAAAGAAAAAGGAUAUAAGCCUCUGUUUUGGAUGCAGAGAUGUCGUGAUUAUAACCUGCUCUUUGACAGAGUCAGAUACUAUCAAAGGCGGUUUGGGGUUCCAUUUAGUAGACCGGUUCGCAUUCCAUUUAACCGACCGGUUCAGCUCAUUCUUUCCUUGGCGUUACUAUUGUUUCUUCUAUUACUCUUUCGAGUUUAUUAAUCUUGAGAACUGAAACUCUCAAGAACACUUGACAGAUUAUUGCGUGUUGGUCACACAAAUUAGAUGCUACAUGAUUCAACGUCCCUCAAGAAGGGCGAGAGAUUAAAAAAAAAGAAGGCUUUGUCAAGAACCAAAGGAGAACAAGCUUGGUUAUUUUUAUUUAUCUCGUAACCUCAGGGAACAUAUGAUAGGAACCUGUAAAAGACAGUUGUAGAUCUUAUUUGUAAAACUUGAAGCUACGUUUCUAAAGAAAACCAAUGUGUGUUGUGUUCAGCGAUACAUCUCCAGUGUUUGUUUGCCUCCUUCA